GGAAAAGCGUGUAAUAAUUUAUCUCAUCUGGCAUCCAAUAAUUAUCGAGAAAGGCAGAGGGAGAGUAGAAGAAGUUGCUUCCCGCGCUUCCUGCCGUCUCACGGUCUCACCACCUGGCUUAUUUCCUCUGCUAAAAUUAACUCCUUCGAUAUCUCAUGCGUGCAAGCGAUCUCUGCAUCACAAGCUGUUAACAUUUCCUUCCCUUUCUUUUUUAAAGCCUGCCCCGUGCCCUAAGCCUCCAAAUCUUCACAUUUUCUGCUCCAAUCCUCGGUGUAUCUCUCCCUAUACCAAAAAGUUAAGAUCUUGUUAGCAAAUCCAAGCCUUUUUUGAUGGGUUGUCAACUCAGUAAGGGUGCCGAGUCUCCGAUCCCUGGCGUUUCUGUUGCCACCGCUGUUGAAGAGAAGAAGCUACAUUACAGGGUGGAGCUAAACUCCUACGAGGUUGCUUGCCGGCGCGACCCCGAUCUCCGAAGCUUCGACAUGAGUCUCCAUCAAAAAAUGACACGAGCCCUUUCAACCCUCGCCGAUGGCGUCGAGGUCUACUCUCUCUCCUUUGAUUCCCUCAAAGAGGUCACCGGCUGCCUUCUCGAAAUGAACCAGGAGGUUGUCAAGAUCAUUCUCGACUGCAAAAAGGAUAUUUGGAAAACCCCUGAGCUCUUCCAACUCGUCGAGGAUUACUUCGAAAACAGCCUCCAAACCCUAGAUUUCUGCACGGCACUCGAACGCUGCCUCAAUCGUGCCCGCGACUCCCAGCUCCUAAUCCAAUUUGCUCUUCAGCGAUUCGAGGAGGAGCCUCAUUAUGAAAGGACAUUGGAACAUCUGAGGCAGUUCAAAGAUGCUGGUGAUCCCUUCACUGAAGAGUUCUUCAAAGAGUUUCAGGCCGUUUAUAAGCAGCAGCUAUUAAUGCUGGAGAAACUCCAGCUCAGGAAGCGAAAGCUUGACAAAAAGCUCAAGUCUGUCAAAGCUUGGAGGAAGAUCUCCUUCAUAAUUUUUGCUGCAGCUUUUGCUUCUGUGCUCAUCUGCUCUGUUGUUGCUUCUGCUGUGGCAGCGCCUCCGGUGGCCGCAGCUCUGGCCGCUGCCUCAUCGAUACCGGUGGGAUCGAUGGGGAAAUGGUUUGAUUCGUUGAUGAAGAAGCACGAGGAUGCACUGAGGGGGGAGAAGGAGGUGAUCAGCUCUAUGCAGGCUGGAACCUUUGUAGCCAUCAAGGAUUUGGAUAAUAUUAGAGUUUUGGUUGAUAAUUUGGAGAUUCAGAUUAGUUCUCUGCUGCAGUUCGCAGAAUUUGCUUCGAAGGAUGAGGAGGCUGUGAAGGUUGGGGUUCAAGAAAUUAAGAAGAAGCUGGGCGAUUUCAUGAAUAGCAUUGAUGAUUUGAGCGAGCAGGCAGAUCGUUGUAGCAGAGAUAUAAGGAAGGCGAGGACUGUAGUGUUGCAGAGGAUCAGUAGGUACCCAAAAAAAUAACUGAAUGAUGCUAUUUUUAGAUUGUGUAUAUCCAUCUGUUGAUGGAUGAAGUUGUCUCUAUUUUUUCUUUCCUUUUUUUUUUCCUAAUUCAAUUUCUUCAUGCCUUUUAUUAGUCAUUUUGUGCUGAUUACUUCUGGAAACAAUUGUAUACAUGUAAACUUAUCUAAAUUUUAUUUUAUUUUUAAUGAAAGCAGAGAAUAGUGAUGUUUUAGUUGGGCUUCUACCCUUUUUUUAAAUUUCUCUCACUAGUUCUUUGUUUAAUGACUAGGACAGUCAUGUGUGGGGGGAGAUUAUUAAAACGCACAUAAGAGUGGAGAAUAUUUCUAAUUGGAAGUAAAAUAAGAGUGAAGUUUUUAAUUUAGGCUUCGUUUGAGACGGCUUUCUUAGUGCUUCUUAAAGCAUCUUUUUAGUAGAAAAAUUUUAUUUUUUGUACUAAAAAACUGCUUUAAGAAGCAGCGAGAAAGCCGUCCCAAAUGAAGCCUUAGUAAUAUUAUGGGCAGUAAGUUCGGCCUCUCCUCAAGAGGUUCCACUCGCAUGUUAAGAUGUUUGUCAACCAUAAGAGUAGCAAUCCCAUCAUACUAGGAAAUUCUCAUGAAUAUGAAACUAUCUUGAGAAAUACUGUUUAGUUGGAGGGGAUCAAUGAUGUUAAUCUUAUGCAUAAAUUUGAGAAGUUGAGAAGAUCAAAUGAAGGUGACAUAAGAACAACCAACUAACAAAUAAGGGCAAGUAUUCAUUGAUGCUCCACCAUUGUGAAACUCUUAAGUAAAUGAAAGCUAACUC